CAGUAGAGAGAUGUUUCAAUGCUUGAUCAGACAUUUUGAGUUCGAGAGCAAAAUCAGAUUUAAUCGAUUUCAAUAUUAGAUACAAAGCACCUGAAAAAAAUUAGCAGGCGACAAAAUAAGAAUGAGGCACAUUCUAUUUUGUGUUCCUCCUCCAACCAACACCUCCCACCUCCCUCUGGCCCACUGUAUCCUUCUCUUUCCCCCAAACUACUAUCCUUUUACUCCUUUACAUAUCUGUAAGUAACUGUCCUAAAAGAAAACCGUAUUGGUUCAAGAAAAUUUCUAAUUUGGGAAGUUGGGUAGUAGGAUUCUCGACUUGGGGUUAGCUCCAUGUGGGAUUCUUGAACUUUGAUUUGAUGAAUUUCCUUCCAAGAUGUUUGAAUUACAGUGAAUGUAGUGGUGAAAGUUCCAAUGGUGGAUUUGGGAAAGAUGGGUUGUUGUGGUUUCAUGACAUUGGGAAUUGUGGGAGUGGGGAAUACUCCAUGGCAAUUGUGCAAGCCAAUCAGGUCUUAGAGGAUCAGAGCCAGAUUGAGUCUGGUCCAUUGGGAACCUUUGUUGGAGUCUAUGAUGGUCAUGGUGGACCUGAAGCUGCUCGUUAUGUUUGUGAUCACUUACUUCGACAUUUCCAAGCAAUAUCAGCUGAAGGAAAUGGUGUCAUCACAGAGGAGACAAUUCAAAGGGCCUUUCUUGAGACAGAGAGAGGGUUUACUUCUGUUGUUUCGGAAAAUUGGAAUUCUCGACCACAGCUAGCAACAGUGGGGGCAUGCUGCCUGGUUGGAGCUAUAUAUCAGCAGACACUCUUUGUAGCAAAUCUUGGUGACUCUCGAGUAGUCCUUGGAAAGAAGGUUGGAAGCACUGGGGAAAUUGCUGCCAUACAGCUAUCAACGGAGCAUAAUGCCAACAUUGAGUCUGUUAGGUGGGAGCUAAAGGACUUGCAUCCAAAUGAUUCUCAAAUUGUUGUUCUCAGACACGGUGUUUGGAGGGUAAAAGGAAUAAUUCAGGUCUCAAGAUCCAUUGGUGAUGUGUAUCUUAAACACACAAAGUUUUGCAGGGAACCAACAAAUGGAAAAUUCAGAGUUCCUCAACCCCUUAAUAUGCCUAUUCUGUUGGCCACUCCAACAAUUUUAAAACAUCCUCUACAUCCAAAUGAUUCCUUCCUCAUAUUUGCUUCUGAUGGUCUAUGGGAGCACUUGAGCAAUGAAAAGGCCGUUGAAAUUGUGAAGAGUCAUCCUCGUAAAGGAAGUGCAAAGAGGCUUGUAAAGGCUGCUCUCCAUGUAGCUGCCAAAAAAAGAGAGAUGCGUUAUUCGGAUCUUCGAAACAUUGACAAAAAGGUCCGACGUCACUUUCAUGAUGAUAUAAGUGUAAUUAUUUUAUUCUUAAAUCAUGACCUGAUAUGUAGAGGCGUUGUGCAAGAUCCAACACUUUCUAUACGCAGUGCUCUAGAACACUGAUUGUUGAAGGAAUAUAUUAUUUUUUACCAGUGCCUGAGGUUCUGUCACAACACCAAAAUUUUCCUUGAUAUGCGGCUCCAGGAGCAACAUCAGUGAAGCAACUACACUGUAUAAGAGUGUUUUUUUCCUUUGAAGAGGCUUAUAAUUUGAAUUUCUCGAACCUUGUUGUAGAUGGAGUUCAAGAAGAAUGCUAAUUCAAAAGUUUUGGAUACAAUCAACCUCUAUGUAACAGCCUUGUUUCAUUAUUAAUUUAUUCUGUAUACUAGGUUUUGUUUCUGGAGUAUUUUGUUAAUUUCUUGUAACAUUGUCGUAUGUUACAAGUGUUAAAAGGAAAAGGUUCGCCACAAGAGAAUGAUGGCUUUUGAAUUCAAAGAGGAAGUUGCUCUGCUCUUA